CAUCUUCUUCUACAAGUUUUUGCAAAAGUUGAGGACCUUUUUAAACUUCCGUGCGAUUCAUCUUUAGUCGAUAUUUUUCUUUGCUCUCUACCGAUUCCAGAAUUGACGUUAGUUCCUCUGAAUCAAGUAAUGGCUAAGUGUUUCAGGAUGCCUUACUGGUCUCCAGAAAUUCAGAGAAUUGAACCUAGUUCUGAAUUUUUUGUCGUCGUAAAAAUGAUGUCUACGAGCUUAGAAAAUUAAAUCUUUAUUUUAAAGCGUACUUCUUUUUUUCUUUUGUUUCGUAAUUGAUUCCUUUUCGUUAUCGUUAUGUUUCCCUAGAAUGGCUGACAAGAAAAGAAAGAAUGUUGGAGUGCUUCCAACUGAUAUCGCAUCAGCCAAGCUUACGAACAAGAUGAGCUCUUUCUCCAUCUCAACGGGUAGCUUGGGAAGAAGUGCUUUUUCUCUCUCUCGACCGCUGCUGAAACAACAGCAGCAGCAGCAGCAACCUCUCCAGCAAAAGCCCCUACAGCAGCUACAGCAGUAGCAGCAACCACUUCCUCGUAAAACGGUGUAACAGCAACAACAACAACCACCGCAGCGGAAAACUCUGCAGCAGCAGCAACCACUACCAGCAGCAGUCAUACGUAAUAAUGUGUUGAAUAAAUCACCACGAGAGACAUUGGACUCCAUAAACAGAAGACUCGCAAAGUUGGAAGGAAUCCAAGGCGAGAUGAAAGAUACGCUAAAGCAGUUGGAGGAAGUGACAAGUUUAUUCGAUGAAAGAAUAGAGAAGAUGGGAAAUAAAGUGACAGCGAUUCAUGACAUCCUGAAGGACUUGACAAACGCGAAUUCUUCUGCAGCGAGAACUCGUCCAGAAUUUUUGUCCUUCAAAACAACGGCUGACAUCGUGGCUUUUGAUCAUCUCGGUGAUAAUGAGUUUUAUGCUCUCGUCUGUUACUUGAGAUACCUUAGAGGUGCAAAUGAAAUCGAUGCUGCCGCGAUCUAUUUCAAAUCCUGCUUGAAAUUUGGCGACGAUUUGUUCCGAAAUCUGACUUGGCAUGGAUCCAAGUCCGACAAUACUAUUUUGGCGUUGAAAUACACGCGUUUCGCUUUAGUCUGCAGUGAGGCUAUGCCCGUCAUCAAGAAGAUAUUCAGGAAGCCGAAUGAGACGGAAUAUUCGAGUGCGAUGACGAAGGCUUUAAAGAGCGCUAAGGAAGCCAAUCGUCGUCAACUAAGGAGAAAGGUAUCACCGGCCGAACAAUUGCUUCCCAAGAGGCAACGGCAACAAUAUCCGCCGCAGAACAACGCGGCAUGUAUGGAGGAGGACGACGCAGAUCUUGAGGCCGGACAUCAGCCCAUGGACCAACAGCAGCCUAACGACGAAGACCGGUACAGCGAUCAUGAGCUGUUCGACGAUACGCAGGUCAUCGAUGAAGAACAAGAGGAAGAGGGAGGAGAAGAAGAAAAUGCACAAGGAGAAGAAGAAGAAGAACAAGAUGCACAAGGAGAAGAAGAAGAUGUACAAGAAGAAGAAGAAGAUGAAGAAACACAAGGAGAAGAAGAAGAAGGAGAGGAACAAGAAGAAGAGGAAGUAGGAACGAAACAGCAGAGAGAAGAAUCGGACGAGGAUUUCUUCCCAUAAUGGGCUGUUAUAAUUUUUAUUAUUGAUUGUUAUUUAUUUCAUCCAUGUACUUUCUUUGCAGCAUAAUAGAAAAAUAUAGAUCGAUUUUGAUUUUUGUUUCUUCAAAGAAAUUUUUUUAAAAAAGUUAUCUAUAUUUUUUUAUCUUAACGCUCCCUUACAGUUUUUUGUUCAUUAUUAGUUUUUCCUUUUAUAUUAUUUUAUUUCCUAUUCCGUGUUUUUUUUUUUGUAUGCAACUAGUGUUGAAAGUGUAAGAGAGCGUUGGAGGGGCUAUUGACAUUGGUUGAGCCUCACGGAAGGGGGCGACGGUGGGGCCCCCUUCACCAACCCCCAAAAACAAAAAUUUAUACAAUUUAUUUGUCCAAGGUUACACUAACGAUGCCAUGGUACAACAGCAAUGAUGACGAUCUCAAUAACGUUUACUUGCAGUUUUCUAACAAUGGAAGUUUGCUCAUCAGGUCCUCUUAUUUUAUUUACUUUUUCUAAAUUUGUUUGAUCGAUUGUUUUAUCAAUAUUUUGUCAUUUUCUCUUUUGGAGGUCAUCGCUUUUUCUAGAUCAGCAACAGCAGCACGCAGAUGUAUUGGUGGAUAAGUCGCUGCCAGCUUAAAUUUACAGCAGCUGAGGACUAGGAGCAUCGCAGCAGCAGGUAGAUGCACUAGAAUUACCAGUGAUAGGAGCAAUGGGACAUACAUGUAAUGAAU